CUAAACAGAUAGCUAGCCGGCUAGCUGUCGGUAACUUGCUUGCGAUUAAUGUAGCACAUAUUUAAACAUCUUAAUCACUCUCAUUAUGAAAGUGUAUUUAUUACAUUAAAUAAAAAAAAAGAAGAAGAAAGAAAGCGAAGGACCGAGUGUAUCAUUAAAAUACAAAAAAAAAUAAUCUAUUAGAAAGUGUUAGAUUUACUUCCGGGUGACUGGGAAGGUACUUCCUGUGUCUUGUCAAUAAGUACGAAUUCCUCCAUGUGAUCUGCGAUUAUUGUCUUCACACCAUGACCUCUGGAAAACCUAACAUUAAUGAAAAAGUCCUGCAGUAUGAAUCCUUUAUCAAUGAGGUUUUGAAGCGAGAUUUACAGAAGGUUUUGGAGCAAAGAGACGGUGUGUAUGAAAAAAUAUCACAGUACCUUCAAUUGAAGAAUACAAUUAAACGUAUACAGGUAGAUUAUAUUUUACUCUCUUGUCAUUUCUGUUCAUAUUACCUUCAAAUCAGUAACCGAUAUCUUUACCUCGUCCAGGAAACUGGCAGCAAAGAACUGAAGACGGACGUCGAUCUCGGCUGUAGUUUCUUUGUCCAGGCUCAUGUGCCUGAUACUUCCAAAAUCUUCGUCGCUGUCGGAUAUGGAUUUUUUCUCGAAUUGACCCUUUCGGAAGCGCUGACCUUCAUAGAGAAGAAAACCCUCCAGCUAACGGAGUACAGCGAGGUUCUCACCAAAGAUGCAGCAAAGAUCAAAGCACACAUCCGUGUGGUUUUGGAGGGUUUAAAGGAACUCCAGGGUCUGAAUGAUCUUCCUGAGACGACGAGACGGGAGGUGUUUUAAGUACCUCACGGCGGCGCAGAGACAUCCUUUCUGCCUUUUAAGCCACAACGCGUUGGCUACAGCGCGUUUAGGCUUUGCACUGUAAAGUGAUAUGUAUUUCAACGGUACUUCUUUUUCCCUUAGCAACAGGUUUUACUGUUACGUUCCAAAAUGGAUUCAAUAAAGUGCGGCUUAUUUUGAAUA